UCGCGUUGGUUCCUGCAGUGUGAGCUGUCAGCCACGUCACCUCCUCCGAAAAACUUUUUCCCAGAGGCGGUUUCUCUGUGUCUGUGUCUUUAUCUGUAAACAUUUAUUAUUAUUUAAGCUACUGCACUUAUUAGACGUUUUUUUGUUUUGUUUACGUCUUGUUUUUUUAAAUAUAUUUUAUUAAUUGUGUUAAAACUUGGGUUUGUUGCUCCAGUCUAGGCUGUCUUCCCUGCAGACCUGAGGAGUUGUGUAAAGUAUAAUUUUAACUUCUGUUGUUGAAACACAACAAUAAUAAAAAAUGAACAUCUUUCGUCUGGCGGGCGACGUGUCGCAUUUGAUGGCGAUUAUUAUUCUUUUGCUGAAGAUAUGGAAGACCCGGUCCUGUGCAGGUAUCUCUGGGAAAUCUCAGAUUCUGUUCGCACUUGUCUUUACCACACGGUACCUGGACUUAUUUACGGUCUACAUUUCUGCUUACAACACAAUAAUGAAGGUGGUCUUCCUGGUCAUGUCUUACGCCACCGUGUACCUGGUCUACGUGCGCUUCAAGGAAACAAACGACUCAGAAAACGACACAUUCCGUGUUGAGUUCCUGUUGGUGCCGGUUAUUGGACUGUCCUUCCUCGAGAAUUAUGCUUUUACCCCACUGGAGAUCCUCUGGACCUUCUCCAUCUUCUUGGAGGCAGUAGCGAUCAUGCCCCAACUCUUCAUGAUCACCAAAACCGGUGAAGCCGAGACCAUCACCACCCACUACCUCUUCUUCCUGGGCCUGUACAGAGCGCUCUACAUCGCCAACUGGGUGUGGCGUUACAACACGGAGGGCUUCGUUGACCAGAUCGCGGUUGUGUCCGGAGUCGUUCAGACCAUUUUCUAUUGCGAUUUCUUCUACCUUUACGUCACAAGAGUGAUUCGAGAAAAAGGGAAGAUGAGCCUGCCCAUGCCCAUUUAAACCACUGUGUGUCCUGGAGCCACUGCUUUGACACAACAUCUGAAAACGGACCUUCAAACGUUCUCGCUGAGCUUCGACCUAAACCCCUGACCUGAUCUCUGUGACCAGGUCAAAAAAAAAAAAGUUUUUCUCUGACUGGCAGUUUGUAAGUAUGAGUGCAAUAAGUUUGUGGUGGUCAACAGGAAGUGAUGUGUAGUUGUUUUUUUUUUUUUUUUACAUUUAUAUUUGGAUGCAAACAUGACACUAGAAACACCAGUGGAUCCAGAACGAUGCAGUGGAAGAGCACAACAGAAACAGAAAGGUUGUGUUGAAUUUUUUUUAAAAACAUAUGCCUGACACUUUGUCCAGGUCUCAGUCAGGUUGACUGUCCACACGUACGUCCAGUGUUAACUAUGUUUGAGCCGAAAGUGUCUGGACACUAGAGUCCACAAUCCAUGUCAUUCCAAAAAAGUUUACAAACAUGAGAAAUGCAGUUGUAUUUGUACAUGUGUGUCUCACACAGCGCCUUUUUCUUUAACCCUUUAACUACACACACCAUAAACUAUUUUAAAUAUGAACACACACACUUCCAGUUUGUAAUUCUUUUUUUUUUUUUUGCCAAGUAUGUUAACCUUUGGUACUCUGCCUUUUUAUAUCUUUGUAUAUUAAAUAUUUUCAUUGUGGGAGAAAAGGGAAAAAUACAAGCUUGAAACUUUAUUUGUCAUAAAAAAAACAAAGAUGAAUCAGUAACUCCUGAACGGUUUUAUUUUAUGGAUUCUUUUUUUUUAAUAUUUACUUCAGUGGUUUUAAAAAAGGGAAACUGACAUUGACCAGUGUCAAGAUUUUCUUUACUGGGGCAUGAGUUGCACAACUGUUCUGUGGCAUUACUUUUAUUAUAAGGUGUCUUCAAACCAGA